UAAAAUGUUGGUCUUGCUUCUCACUCUGUUCUUGGUUCCAUCUCUCUCAUCGGCUUGCCAUGAAUCCCUCCAACCCGUACGAAAGAAUGUCCGACUCUCGAGGGUCCACACAACCAAUGCACGAUGCCGUCUCCCACAACACAAACCCCCAGGAUCUAGAGAUGGAAAAUCUCCAGCCGUCGGGGACUGGACAAAAUCGAAGCUCUCCGUCAAACGGGAAACCAGUCGAGUCCCAGCCCGCCGAGAAACCCUCCAACGAUCCGUCCGCCCAGAGUGACACCGAAGGCAACCCCUGGCUCGACGAAGACGGCCUGGUGUGGUGGGAUGGCGAAAACGACCCCGAAAACCCGUACAACUGGCCGAAUUGGCAGAAAUAUACCAACGCGGGGCUCAUCAGUCUUGUGACCUUUGUCACUCCUCUGGCAUCGUCCAUCUUCGCACCUGGCGUCCCGGAUCUCAUGAUAGACUUCAAGAGCAGCAACACCGAGUUGGCCGCGUUCGUCGUCUCUGUUUACGUCCUUGGGUUUGCCGUCGGGCCUCUGGUACUCGCACCCUUGUCUGAAAUGUAUGGACGCGUGCCAGUCUACCAUGUCUGCAACGUGUGCUUUGUCGCUUUCACAGUGGCCUGCGCCGUCGCUCCCUCACUCGAAGCACUCAUCGUCUUUCGCUUCUUCGCAGGGUCCUUUGGUUCAGCCCCCCUCACAAACGGCGGAGGCAGUAUGGCCGAUAUAUUUUCUCAGGAGAAGCGUGGGGCUGUUAUGGCUGCCUUCAGUACAGGCCCGUUGCUUGGCCCCAUUAUUGGACCUGUUGCUGGGGGGUUCUUGACAGAUGCAAAGGGCUGGCGAUGGGUCUUUUGGGUUGUUGCCAUAGUGAGCGGCACCAUUUCUAUCGCCAUGUUCUUAUUGAUGCGGGAGAGUUAUGCUCCCAUCAUUCUGGCCCGGAAGGCUGCACGCUUGCGCAAAGAGACCGGCAACGCAUUCCUUUGCUCAAAACUGGAUACAGGCGGCACUCGUUCAGAGCUCUUCAAACGAUCCAUUGUCCGUCCAAUCAAGCUGCUAAUAUUCUCUCCUAUUUGUACGGUCUUCGCCGUAUACAUAGCUGUGAUAUAUGGCUACCUAUAUAUCCUCUUCACUUCUGUCCCCUACGUCUUCAAAAAGUCGUACAACUUUAGCACAAGCGCCAGUGGGCUUGUAUAUCUCGGACUUGGAGUCGGAUCUUUUAUCGGCAUGAUCUGGUUUGCACAGGACAGCGCGAAAGAGGUCAAAAAGCACAUGGGGGAAGAGCAUGGCCAGGCAAAGCCCGAAGUUCGCCUCAAGCUUCUUCCAGCUGGAGCAAUCAUUAUGCCCAUUGGCUUUUUCAUCUACGGAUGGACCACGGACUAUGAAACGCACUGGAUGGGCCCGAUUAUUGGGUUGGGUAUUAUUGGUGUUGGCAACUUGGUGUGCUUUAUGGCCGUCAGCGUCUACCUUGUCGAUGCCUACGAGAUGUACGCCGCCUCAGCACUCGCCGCGAAUACCGUUAUAAGAUCGAUUGCCGGGGGCAUCCUUCCGAUUUUCGCGCUGAGGAUGUACGACGCUCUUGGCCUGGGAUGGGGGAACACUUUGCUCGGUCUGAUCGCUGUGGCUCUCAUCCCAAUACCAUUCCUCAUUGUGCGAUUUGGCGAGAAGUUGAGGAAGAAGUUCAAGAUGAGCGAUCUGUAGCUUACCUAGCAUUUUUUGUAUACUGUCCGAUUUUCUAAUUUUUGGGCCUGUUUUAUACUUGUUAGAGCUGGGUUCACUGCAUCUGCUAUAAACCAUACCCUGGCCGGUUGGAUACCUAGAGUCAUCUGAACUUCUCAUAUUGAAGCAAGGACAUAUUAAU